UUUCUGUCAAUAGAAUGAGUAUUGCAUCUAAUUCUAUAGAUGAAAAUGAAUUCAAAGAGAAUCCUGUUGAAGUAUAUUUGAUGUAUAUUAUAAAAUAGACAAAGUUCACAUGGACAACAAAGAGUGUAGAAAAACUGAAAGAGCUCCAUGUGUUACAACAAGGAAACUGGAAAUCAAUCAGUUCGUUACUAAACGGACCUACGCCUUUAGAGUGUAUGUUUAAAUGGUAAUAACUCCAUCCAGAUUCAGUAAUUACUAUUUUUUUAUCUAGGCGCCUUCUAGAUAGUUAUGGUCACCUGAAGAGGACGAAUAAUUGAAGGAAUUAGUGCAAAAGUUUGGAAAAAAAUGGAGCAAGAUCUGUACAGUAAUGAAUUGGAGAACAGGAAAAUAAGUUAGAGAGCGUUAUCUGAACUAGCUUUAAGGAACAAUAAACUAAGACAAAUGGACCGAGGAGGAAGACAAACUGAUCUUAAAAUUAUAUAAGAAGUUUGGUACUAAAUGGAGCUACAUUUCAAGUUUUUUGAAUGGAAGACCUGUAUAUUUCUAUUUGAAAUGUUUAGGAAAAUAUGGUCAAAAACCGAUUCUAUGCCAACCUAAAGAGAAGAUUCUAGUGUGAUUUAGGUGAUUCAGAUGAUGAAGAUUUCGAAGAAGAAUCCUAAAACUCAUCAGAAGAAGAAAAAAGUAACCUACAAAGAAGGAGAAGGCUUUAGAAGGGCAAAAAAGAACCACCUAAAAUCAAAAAGGUGGUGGUACAAGAUGAGGAUGUCGAAAAUUUCCAAAGAAUGACAAGAUCAAAAAAUCAAAAAUAAAACGAUGAUAGUUUAAAGUAGGACACUCCUAACGAAGAUUAAAACAAUGAAAAUAAUUCAGGUAUUAAUUCUAUUUAUCUAAGGGUUGUAACAUGUUCAGAGUUCUCCCAGCUACAACACUCAUUUAGGAAAUUAAAUUAAUAUAAAGGAAGAAAAUUAAUUAAAAUGUGAUCACUUUAAUAAUAAUCCUUCCAUUAUUUAAUAAGCUAUUCCGUAAGUUGCCAUGAUCCCUUCCACUGUUUCUCCAGUUAUCUUUAACAGCCAAUUCAUGCCAUCUUAAUAGACUACUCUCAUUUAUCCUUAGCACAACUUACCAAUCAUGAAUACAUAACAAUUCAAACAGACCUAAUUUGACAGAAUGCAAAUGUCAUAUUCAUUAAAUCAAAUGACCAGAUUGAAUUUUGUUAAUCCUUUCAUUGAAAUGAUGUAACAAUAGUAAUUGCUGAAUUAUCAAAUUCCAAUCUAAUCCUAAUUUCCAGGUUAGAUUGACCAAAUUACAUAAUGGGCAGAAUUAUAUAAAAUUUACAAUAACUAGAUGUUGUAAAAACAUUUGUAACCAUGAGGUUAACCAGAGAAUGUAA